CAAGCUGAAAACCUCAGAACUGAUUUUAUGUUCCUGUUUUAAGAUGGAAAUAAAAAGGAAUUAUACAAAAAGUGACAAAAAGUUCAAAUGUUUCAAUGAAACAUUCCCGCACUGUGCAUUUGCCCUGGCAAUAUCCAUGAUUUACCCAAACAGGGAAAAUAUUCAAACACGCUUUAAAGUUAUCUUCUCCGUGAUCGCCAUCAACGGCGUCAUGCUGUACUGGUUCCUCUUGUAUUUGUGGAAGUGUAUUUGCAACCACGACAUGUAUAACGUUUCCCGGAAUCUUACCAUUGGUAUCCUUGUUACAUUAUUUUUUUUUAAAUCCUUUUACGUCACUAAUAAGACACAUAGAUUUGCUCAAUUGUUGGAAAAAAUUAGCAAUGAUUUGUUAAAAGGUAAUGAUAUGGAUGACAGUUACCAGGAAAUAUACGAAAAAUAUAUAAAACUGGGCAAGCUCGGCCAAACUUGCUGGAUAUUUAUACCAAUUCUUUUGACAUCACAAUUUCCAAUUUACGCUGGCGUAUCAACUAUAUACGAAAGUUUAAAAACUGAUACGGGCCAAAAAUAUAUGAUACACGAGAUGGACCUUAAAUAUUUGGAAGACAAACAAUACGAUUCGCCAAUUUAUGAACUAACUUUCGCUUAUCAUCUCAUUACAUGCUUGACUUUGUCACCAAACUUCGCUGGGUUUGACGGUUCUUUCUGCAUAGCUACCAAUCACUUGCGACUCAAGCUGAAAUUGUUGGCACAUAAAGUAGAGAGAGCCUUUAAGGACGCUAAAAAUAAAUGGGAACUUCACAUGAUGAUAAAAGAAACAAUUAGGGACCAUCAAGAGGCUUUAUCUUUUUAUGAAGAUUUACAGGAAGUUUAUGGAAGCUGGUUGUUCACCGUAUUUGCGGUUACAUCACUAUUAAUUUCACUUAAUAUUUAUCAAAUAUAUCUGAGCGAAAGAGUUGAUCCAAAAUACGCCAUAUUUGCUAUAAGUGGAAUUAUCCAUAUGUUCGCGCCCUGCUAUUUUGCUAGCAAUUUAAUGAAGACAAGUGAAGAAUUAAGCUUGGAUUUGUACAGCGUGGAGUGGGAAGUGUGGGCGUACCCAGCUGUCACCAAGCAACUCAUAUUCAUGAUAGCUAAAUCACAACAGACUCUCAUACUCACUGGGAACGGCAUAGUUUACUUCAACAUGCAACUAUUUAUUUCCGUACUACAAACCUCAUAUUCUGUGUUCACGCUUAUAUCUAGUUAAAUGUUCAACUAUGAAACAUUCAGCAUUUUAAACCACGUUUAACUGCCCAUUCAGGUGUAGUUUUCUUUAUUUCUUUGUUAUGCUUGAAAGAAUAUAUUAAAUAUUUUUUUUAUUUUUUCGUAAAACCAUUUCUGAGAUUCCAAAAGGCAAUGUGAAAUAUAAAAGUAAUACUAAUUACGUGAGCGCACGCAUCUUUCUGUUACUUCCACUUAUUACAUCAGAAGAGAUAAUUUCUACAUUAUUUUUCUAUACGCCUAAAUCGCGAUACUUAAGAAAAAAUUUAUGUAAUCAUAGUUCUGUUAGCCUAUGCUUGUUUAACAGUUAAUAAAAAUAUUACUAUAUUU